AUGGUUGUGGCUCUUCCAGCAAUAGGCGCGGUGGCCGCGGUGGCUAGUGCGGUCGCGACCAUGGUGGUUGGCAUAACUUCUCAUCUUCCUGGAGCAACCCGUGGAAUGGCUCCCAAUAGCCCCAAUGGCCUAAUCAAUCGUGGCCUCCUUUUGCUCCAAGUUCUAGAUCUCAAAGCAACUGGCCAUCCUUUCAGCCUCUUGGGGCCCAAUCUGCAGCUUCUAACAAACACUCUCCCUGGCCCAACUCAGCUCCUUGAUGCACCACUUGCAAUACCAAUCAAAAUACUAAUGCAACAUGUCUCCAUCGCUACAAUGGCCUAG